CAAGCCGAAGUCAAAGCAACCUCAGCCCAAGGAUUCUCAAAUCCCAGGGACCAAGCUCCCUGCUCUCUAAAAACCUAGUCCUGCUUCAUCAACAACAAUGGCAUCCCAAGAUCACCACCAUCAUCGACAUCACGAUCACACCCAUGAAGGAGAUCAUCACCAUCAUGGGCAUGGCUCAUCCUCAUUUGUGGGCCCCGACGGUAGGGUUUACCACUCUCACGACGGCCUGGCCCCACACUCCCACGAGCCCAUCUACUCACCGGGCAGCUUCCCGUCCCGGGCCCAAGCUAUCCCUUCUAGAGACUUCCGUGAGCGGGCCUUCACCGUCGGCAUCGGCGGCCCGGUCGGCACUGGGAAGACCGCUCUGAUGCUGGCGUUGUGCCGGUUCUUGCGAGAUAAGUACAGUCUCGCGGCGGUAACAAAUGACAUAUUUACGAAGGAGGAUGGUGAAUUCUUAGUGAAGCAUGGAGCACUUCCUGAAGAAAGAAUCCGUGCUGUUGAAACAGGAGGGUGUCCACAUGCAGCUAUACGUGAAGAUAUAAGUAUUAACCUGGGUCCUCUUGAAGAGCUGUCUAACUUGUACAAAGCAGAUCUACUGCUUUGUGAAUCUGGAGGAGAUAACUUAGCUGCUAAUUUCAGCAGAGAGUUGGCAGAUUAUAUAAUUUACAUAAUUGAUGUUUCUGGUGGCGACAAAAUACCAAGAAAAGGAGGUCCUGGAAUUACCCAAGCAGAUCUCCUGGUAAUAAAUAAGACAGACCUGGCACCAGCUGUUGGAGCUGACUUGGCUGUCAUGGAACGUGAUGCUCUUCGGAUGCGGGAUGGAGGGCCUUUUGUGUUUGCUCAGGUGAAGCAUGGAGUUGGGGUAGAGGAGAUUGUGAAUCAUAUCCUACAAGCUUGGGAGAUCGCAACGGGAAAGAAGCGUCACUAGUUUUUCUUCAUUCGGAUAAGAAUGCUGCAAAUUUGGAGCGUACUGUAGUUGCUCUUUGUUAUGAGACCACUAAGUACUGAAACAGCAGUGCUUGUUGUUGUAGCUCAUGUUGUAUUAGUUGGAGUUGAUUGCUGCAAAUUAAGUAAAUGGAGUGUAACUGGUGUACCAGAGAAAUGCAGAGUCUAUAUCCAGCGAAAAGAUUGUUUGUUUUCAAGCUGUUGUGUGCUUGAGAGGGGAUUUUUCUUUGUUC